AUGUCCGAGAUAGAGAGUAUCGCUAGCGAAUUAAAACAGUCUCUCAAACAGUUUGCUGAUUUUCCACAAAAAGGGAUUUUAUUUGAGGAUUUUUUGCCUAUUUUCGCUGAACCUGCUUUAUUCAGAAAAUUGAUUCGUGCCUUCAAAAUACACAUCGGGGAAACUAAAGUCGAUUUUGUUGUGGGAUUGGAGAGUCGUGGCUUUCUAUUUGGCCCGUCCUUAGCUUUGGAGCUUGACGCUGGGUUUGUUCCAGUGCGUAAACCAGGAAAGUUGCCUGGCCCUACAUUUAGAGCAGAAUUCCAAAAAGAGUAUGGAAAAGACGCUUUUGAGAUGCAACAAGAUGUUCUUCCUGAAGGCGCAAAAGUGAUUGUAGUAGAUGACAUAUUAGCAACUGGUGGAAGUGCUUGUGCCGCUGGCGAGUUAGUUGCUAAAGCUGGAGCGGAAGUUAUAGAAUAUCUUUUUGUUAUGGAACUCGACUUUUUGAAGGGCAAGGAGAACUUAAGCAGCCCUUCCUUCACUUUGCUCUCCGGCCAAGAAAGUAAACUUCAGUGA